AUGGGAAGCAAAAGAGUGAACAUAAUAUUCAUUUCAAUGAUGGUAGUGAUGGUAACGGGGAACUUUGUGGUUCAGACACAAGCUCAAGACACUCUCUCUUUUAGAACUUGUUAUCCAAGUUGUAUUGAUGGUUGUGCCGUUGAGAAGCAGUUACCAAAAUUACUUUUGUGUCCAUUCACUUGUCUCCUUACUUGUCUUGCUCCUCCAACAUCAAAUAUUCCUUCUCCUCCUUCUCAAAUGUUUUUGGCGAGGGAAAUCGAUCAUAUUGAUUACUUUUGUAAGCUUGGUUGUGCUACUAAUCAUUGUGCUUCCCUUUCUUCUCUCAAAAAUCCGAAUGUAGACAAAGUUGCGGACUGUGUGGAUUCAUGCUCAGACAAGUGCUCCAACAAGAACUAA